GUGAGUGUUGUUAGAAGGUUUAUAACUUUAAGAGUGGGACGUUCCUCACAGCAGUGAUAAGAAUUAGGAAACACUAGCGGCUUUCACUCGUGAAUAUCAGCACAGCUCGAAGCUCACGAGUCUCUGGACGCUCGAGUCCAGGUCCGAGUUCAUCUUCUGUGGACGAGAGAUCUGCAGUCUCACGGGUGAGCCGAUGUCAGAUACCUCAGUGCCCAGUACUGCGCCACCUGGCGGUGGUGAUGGGAACUCGGUUAACAUUACUUUUGUCCUGGUGCCAGUCUUCUUUCUGCUGGGGCUUCUGGGAGUCCUCAUCUGCCAUGUCCUGAAGAGGAAGGGCUACCGCUGUACCACUGAGGCAGAGGAAGAUGAAGAGCUGGAGAAAGAGGAGGAUGAAGUGGAGAAAGAUCCAGAAAAAGGAGAUCUGAAUGACACCUUCAGUGAGGGCAACACAGACACAGUGGGUCAAAUCGUUCACUACAUCAUGAAAAAUGAAGCCAACUUUGAUGCAUUCAAAACCAUGGCUCAGGACAGUAUAGACUCAGAUGGUGCCCCUGUGACCCCCACCUCUCCAAACACACCCACCACCCCAGUGAGCCCUGCACUGCCUGGCUUGACCCCAAGCGCAGCCAAACACACCUGUAACCACCUGCACACCAUUGGAGGAGUCGGGGGACAAAAGAACAUCUGCAACCGCUGCAGCCAGAAAAAAUGGCCUCUCAUGAGACGCUUGUCCAGCACGAAGAGGGACAGACGCAGUCACACAGGAGAGGUCAUUGUGCUGUCUGUGGGCAGAUUCCGGGUGACAAAAUGUGACCCCAAAAUGGCCUGUGAUAGGUGGACCUUGUUCAUCACUGAACCCAGGCUGUACUGCAAGUCCCCCCUGCAUGCAGCACAGCCCCAUUAACACAGGAACAGAGGACAAUGCAAAGUGACAUCUGUAAAGUUCUGGCAGCUUCUCAGACAACAUUUUUAAAAAAAUCGAAUCCAGAAGUCUGACUUCCAUGGAAGAAUUUAGGGAGGAAAGGAGGAUGAUGGAAAAUGACCCUCCGAUCUGUCAUGUGUGAUGCGUCGAUUGUGGAAAGAGAGCAGAAACCAUUUUACAUACAUAAACCUGUCACCUUGCCAACCCAACUUUCUCAAACAUAAUCACAUUAUUAUCAGUGAUGGAUGGGAUCAUUUGGGCUUGUUAAUGACUACAAGUGUGUCAAUGGUUAAUUCAAAGCAGGCGCCCACUUCCCACUUUCGUAAAAGUGGGAAGUUCUACUUUCUUUUUCUUUUCUUUUUUUUAUGUGCCAGCUGUGAUCAACAUGGAAAAACAGAGCCAUGUAAUUUUUCACUGGUUACAAGCCAGACAAAAUUUUUUUAGUCCUAAAUGGACUGCUCUUGCUGUCUCCUCUAAAUACACCUUUUCAGCUUUUGUUUUUUAAAGAAACAAUGUGUGUGGGUGAUAAAGCAAUGAAAUUGCAUGUUUUACACAUUUAUUUAUCGACCAAGCGCACCUUAAAUGACUGGAAGUUUGCUCUGUAAUGUCUUGAUUGGUCUGGGUGAGAAAACAGUUAUCAUGGCUCAUUAUCACCAGUCUGUCAGUUGUAAAAAAAGCAUUGGUAUAAGCUUGCUCACAUACUAAUAUAAGACAGUUUCCUUCAAUGUUCUUGCUAUUAAUAUAAUGUAGUAUGCAAUCUUAGAGGAAAAAUUCAUGGUUCCUCAAAAAAAGUAAAAGUAUCCUUGCUUUAGUGCCAAGCACAGGCGAGGAAAACAAUAGAGGUCUUUUAAUAGUUUAGGAGGACUGAGGAUCUAAACUUUUUAACCAAAACAAAUGUCCAAUAAAAAUGUGUUCGAAAUGUUUAUGUAUUUUUCCUUUUAUUAUUAUUAUUAUUAUUAUUAUUUUGGAAUUGUGCCAUUAUUUUGCUAUACAUUUUGCUUUCUUUUAAAAUUAGGUUUACAUCAAAUGGUUACAUUGAAAUAAAAGUCUCUCACAACCUUGCUGUUCAAAUUUGACUUUAAAGGAAUUAUCCUAACCAUUUGUUGACAUGUAUGGAAAUAGUCCUAUUUGCGAUCACCUCGAGUACAAAGUUUAGUUAAAUAACUUGAAUGGAAUCGACACGAAUGGAAAUGUUUUUUUUUUUUAAAUCUGUGAAGUUGAUGUACUGUACAACUGGUAAACUAGCAGAGGUUUAUACUGAGGUGUUUAAAUGAGUAUGCGUCAGAGGAGAAUGUACUGUUAUAUUUUACUGAACACUUUGUACCCAUACUUUAUACAUUAUAAAUAUGAAACACACAUUUGACUGCUUGUUUAACCACUGCAGUGGCCUUACAUGUAAACCCUAUCCAUUCUGAACACAAGAUAGAUCAGGACACGGUUUCCCAACACGCAGUGUACUUGUACAUUUGCUACAUAAACCUUUUCUUGAGAUCAUUUCAGUGUAGCUUCAAGGAAAUGGCUUUGAGGGUUCUUGGAUUUUUUUAUUUGCAUCUUCUGUAUGUCCUUCCAACUUUCUUGUAACAACAGAGCCUUCGUCCAUGGUGAGGCUCUUGGAUCUGUAGUUCAUUUUCUUGCAGCUGGGCAACUGAGGUUAAAGAUCAGUAGGUGUCUGUUAAUAGGUGACUAGAUGACCUUCAGAUUUGUACCUUUUCAAAACCUUUCCAAAUGCUGCAGGCCUAACUUUCGCAUCUCUCCGUGACUGCUGCCCACUUACCCAUGACCCAGUGGAAAUAUUCUGUAUGUGACCUUGUGAAUUACAUGCAUUGUUUUUGUUGGUGAGGAGUAUUUUUGUACUUUAUGCAUCAGGGUAUUUCUAGGAACAAAGAAUCAUUAAGCAACAACAAUUUGCAGUAACCAUAUGAGUUUGGAAGCACAUAUAUUUUUAACUUGCUGUGGAGUAUUAUUAGUCUGGAUAUGUUUUGGAAUUCGUGAAUCAUUAACUCAUGCCCACACAGACACUAAAGUGAUGUGAAUUCCCAGCCGCUCAGUUGUCUUGUACAAACAGCUUAAUGUCAAAAAUGAAGUUCUUUUCACAUAUAAAGAUCUAUCUUUGGGAUCCAAAAGCACAACUUUGUACUACAAUGAUUGUCAUUUAAAAGGAUAGUUCUGCCAAAAAUAAAAAUGUAAUCUCUUACUCA